AUGGGUGUAGAAGAACUGUUUGCGUUGCUGUUCAAAGAGCCUCUAAGCACAGCACAAGAUCCUGGAAGAAACACCCUAAUAGUUAUAGAUGGCCUCGAUGAGAGCGAGUACCAAGGACGCAAUGAGCUUCUACAUGUAAUCAGUAACCACUUUUCUAUGCUUCCAGUUUGGAUUAGAAUUUUGAUCACAACUCGUCCGGAGAGAAGCAUAACAGAGGCAUUACGGCAUUUAGAGCCUAUUGAGCUUAAACAAAAGCGUGAGGAAAACUUAAAUGACAUUCAAACCUUGUUUGAAAAUCAACUCAGCAACAAAAUUGGAGAAGAGCAUAAAGAUGUUCUCUUGAAAGAGCUGGUUAAGAAAUCAGAAGGCCUGUUUAUUUACGCUUAUUUUAUAGUGGAUUUUAUCCAAAAGAAUGUUUCAGUUCUCACCCCUGAUCAGCUGGAAAACGUAUUGCCUUCAGGUAUUUCGUCCGUUUACUUGUCCUAUUUCAAACGGUUAGAGAAUGAACUUUGCAAAGAGCUUCAUGCAGAUGAGGAACAUUUUUUGCGUUUCCUGUGUGCAUUGACAGCUUCAAGAGAACCAUUACCAGUAGAAUUCAUUGCCAAAAUUCUAUACCCUGGAGAAAAGUCUUUGACCGCGCAGCGAAAAGUUAACAAAGCAAUAUCUUGCAUCUCUACACUGUUACCAGUUCGGGAGGGUCGUCUUCACUUCUUUCACAAGUCAAUCAAGGACUGGUUAACAGCAUCAUUGCCCUAUGAACAACAUGAUUUCACCGUGGACGAGAAAGAAGGACAUGACGUCCUUUCUGAUAUUUGUGCUUCUGAACUCGAUAGUAUCAAGCGAAAAGGGGUUCAUGGCAGACAGUUCACCAAUACUGAAAGUUAUGCUUUGAUUCAUACUGUCCAGCACAUGCUUGAGGCCAAUGGUGAUCAUCAAUGGAUUGACCGCUCAGAGACCAUGACUGGCACAUCUAAUCAGUUAUACCAGUAUGUGACGGACCUAGAGCUUAUUUACGCAAAACUCUGUGUAAAUAGAACAUCCGCUACGGAGGAUCUCUUCCGUAUUUGCAAUGAACAUUCGGGUCUACUGAAUGAGCAAAGACUUUCGAUUGCAACACUGCUCUAUAAAGUUCUAAGAAAACACUAUUAUAUGUUGCUAGAUCACCCUCACCUAUUUUUCCAAUGUUUGAUUAACGACGGGGUUCCUGUAUUAUCGUCUGAAGCAGCAAGUAUCGUCGAAUCAUCUUUACCCACAAUACCCUACAUGAAAAACCUAGAUAAUAGCAAGGAACAGACGAGGGAAGCAGAUGAAGCAAGGUUCUACUGUUCAGACAAUAUCGCAUGUUUUGAUGUUUCACCUAAAAUGGAUUACCUGGUAUGUGAGUGUCGAGAUGGAACAAUCCAUCUGUUUUCCCUGCAGACUGGUACCAAGGUAUGGGUUCGUCCAUCACCAAUAAAGAGAGAGUAUGGUUUUAGAAAUGAAGAUCAUGUGAAUGGCGCAUAUCAUCAGAUAGAGAUGCAUUUUUUAUCAUUUUACAAUUCUGUCAUCUUUCAUCCAAAUGGGAAGUCGAUAAUACCUGGAACCCUUCAAUAUGUUUACACCCUAACUGGAGAGAAAGAAGACCUUUUUCCAGAA